AUGAUUCAACUGCCUUUACUUGCAAUCAUCGCCACGGCCGUGGUGGCUGGGAGCGUGUUUGGCUCAAGCUGCACAUUCACAGAUGCAGCGAGUGCCAAAGCAGGAAAGACAUCUUGCAGUACGAUCACGCUCUUCAACGUCAAGGUGCCUGCAGGCCAGACUUUGGAUCUGACGGGACUGAAGAGCGGUACCAAAGUGAUCUUCGCCGGCACAACCACUUUCGGUUACGCUGAAUGGGAAGGACCGCUGAUCAGUGUAUCAGGUGAUCAGAUCGGCAUCACGGGAGCUUCAGGCUCGCUGAUCGAUGGUGGAGGUUCACGAUGGUGGGAUACGAAAGGAAGCAAUGGAGGCAAGACAAAGCCCAAAUUCUUCUUCGCGCACAGUCUGAGCAACAGCAAGAUUUCGAUGGUCAACGUCAAGAAUACGCCGGUUCAAGGCUUCAGCAUCAACGGAUGCACCAAUCUCAAGUUGGACGGGGUGAGGAUCGACAAUUCAGCAGGCGACGCCGGUAAGCUUGGGCGCAACACGGACGCGUUCAAUGUGGGGAGCUCGAAGGGCAUCUCUAUCACAGGAGCUGUCGUACACAAUCAGGACGACUGCCUCGCUGUCAACUCUGGUACGGAUAUCCUCUUCUCCGGUGGGUAUUGCAGCGGAGGACACGGCCUUUCGAUCGGAAGCGUAGGAGGCCGGAAGGACAACGCGGUAGACGGAGUAGCGAUUGAGAACUCGCAAGUGGUGCAAAGCGACAAUGGAGUUCGCAUCAAGACAGUGGAAGGAGCAACGGGAUGGGUAAACAACGUGACGUACGCCAACAUCAAGAUCUCCGGGAUCACCAAGUAUGGCAUUGACAUCCAGCAAGACUAUCUGAAUGGAGGCCCCACUGGACAGCCUACGAACGGCAUCAAGGUGACCAACAUCAACAUGAAGGGUGUCACGGGCACGGUAGACUGGUCAGCGACGCCUGUCUAUCUGCUGUGUGGGAAAGGGUCUUGUACAACCUGGAAAUGGACGGAUGUGUCGAUUUCAGGUGGAAGGAGAAGCAGGGGAUGUAUGAACUAUCCGAGCCCUGCCAGGUGCUAA